GGCCUGGUUACUAAGCUGGCGGCUGGCCCACCUGGCCCAGGGAGGAAAGCGGUGCAGUGGCUGCUGCAAGAUCAUUGCAUUUGCAAAGCAACUUGUGGUGUGCAAAGCAGUAAAAGCACCCAAAAGGGAAAGUGCUGCCAUAAGUUGGGAUCUGGGCAGACCUCAAGAAGGGUGGAGUUGCUCAAGGCUAAUUGUCCCUCCUAAAUAAAGGUGCUCUGAAAGAGACACCUUUCAAAAGGCUGGUUCUUUUUAUGUUUAGCAGAGCUGCUAUCCCUAUUCAGCCCCACAUAGAGGUGGCCCCUUUGUGCUUACUUUGGUAGGACUGGAAGCAAAAAUUUCUGUGGGUGCCCACCAGUGUUCCCUCUAACAGGGAUUCCCAGAUGUUGACUACAACUCCCAUCAUCCCCAAGUAAAAGCCAUUGCAGCUGGGCAUUCUGGGACUUGCUGUCAACAACAUCUGGGAACCCCUGUUAGAGGGAACCCUGGUUCCCACCAAGAAGACACUGAAAUUCAGAGAUGAUUUUAUGACUAGGAACGUAGGAAGCUGCCAUGUUCAGAGUCAGACCAUUGGUCCAUCUAGCUCAGUAUAGUCCAUCUAGCUCAGUACACAGAUUGGCAGCAACUUCUCCAAGGUUGUGGGCAGAAGUCUCUUUCAGCCUAUCUUGGAGAUGCCAGCAAGGGAACUUUGGAUCUUCUGCAUGCAAGCGUGCAGGAGAUCUUCCGCUGAGCUGUGACUCCAUCCCUUAAGGGAAAUAGCUUACAGUGCUGGCACAUGUAGUCUCCCAUUCAAAUGCAAACCAAGGCAGACCCUGCGUAGCAAAGGGGACAAGUCAUGCCAGCUACCAUAAGACCAGAUCUCCUCCCCUAAUGGUUCCCCACAAGGAUAAAUUUUUAGAAAACCUUCUCAGGGGAUUCCGCCACCCAUCUGUGAGCUCUUUAGCAACCAGGAGCUGUCUCCUGUUUUCUUUUGCUCUGUAUGGCUGCUUUGAGAGCUGCUUGUUUAAAAGCAGAAUAAAUGAGAGAGACGCAUAUCAGGCACUAUACCAAAAUGAUCGAUCAAUAAAUGUGGAUAGGUGAAUAACCCCUCCUUUCCCCCCUUUGGAGUGACAUUUGCUGCAUAGUCAAGAUGCACGGCAGGCUGAAGGUGAAGACGACGCUGGAGCAGGCGGAAGCCAAGCGCCUGGAGCGGGAGAAGAAGCUCUGCCAAUACGUCACUGCCACCAAAGCCAUCUUUGAGAAGAGAAAACUGGGGCAGCUGGACAAGGAGGCCUUGGAACUGACCAGCCAGGUCUUGGGAGCAAACCCAGACGUUGCCACCCUCUGGAACUUCCGACGGGAGAUCUUCCUUCACCUGGAGGAGGAGACCCCGGACGAGAUGCAAGCCCUGUGCAAGGCGGAGCUGUCCUUCCUGGAGUCCUGCCUGCGCGUCAACCCCAAAUCCUACGGAACGUGGCACCAUCGCUGCUGGGUGAUGGAGCACAUCCCGGAACCGGACUGGGCCCGCGAGCUGGAACUGUGCGGGAAGUUCCUGGAAAGCGAUGAGCGCAAUUUUCACUGCUGGGAUUACCGCCGCUUCGUGGUCCAGCGGUCACAGGUGCCUCCUGAGGAUGAGCUGGCGUUCAGCGAUAGCCUCAUUACCCGGAACUUCUCCAACUACUCUUCCUGGCAUUACCGCAGCCUCCUCCUCCCGCAGCUGUACCCUGACUCUCAGCAGCAAGGCCGGAUCACCGAGGAAAUCCUGCUGAAAGAGCUGGAGUUGGUGCAAAACGCCUUCUUCACUGACCCAAAUGACCAAAGCGCUUGGUUCUAUCACCGCUGGCUCCUGGGCAGAGCUGACCCGGAACCAACGAUCCGCUGCGUCUACGUCAACAGGGAGGACGCCUCUUUAGCUGUCGCCUUCUCCCACCCUGUGGCGGUGGCUCCUGCAUCUCACGACCUGAUUGUCUUUGGGGACGAAUCCCCCCUGGUGGUCCGCUGGCGUACGCCUGACGGGAGAAACCGGCCAGGAUUUAUGUGGCUGUGUGACUUGCCCGCCUCGGCCCUCAACGACCACUGGCCCCAGCACACCUUCCGGGUCCUCUGGGCUGAGGGCCAGGCCCAGAAGGAGUGCGUCCUCUUCAAAGGACACAGGGAUUGCUGGAGCCAGGAUUCAGUCACCGAGGAACAGGUCUUCAGGUGUGAGCUCUCCGUUGAAAAGUCCACCGUACUCCUGUCUGAACUGGAAUCCUGCAAGGAACUGCAGGCCCUGGAGCCGGAGAACAAGUGGUGCCUCCUGAGCAUCAUACUCCUCAUGAGAGCCUUGGACCCCUUGGUCUAUGAGCAUGAGACCCUCAGCUACUUUACAACCCUGAAGGCCACUGAUCCCACGCGCUCAGCCUACCUGGACGACCUGCGUAGCAAAUUCCUCAUCGAGAACAGCAUCCUCAAGAUGGAGUAUGCAGAGGCGCGAGUGGUGGACCUAUCCCAGAGGGGCCUCACCAUCCUCUGCCACCUGGAGCACCUGUUGCUGGUCACGCACAUGAACCUCUCGGAGAACCUUCUCCCCAGCUUGCCUCCGACGCUGGCCAUGAUGCGCUGCCUCGAGGUGCUGGAAGCCGACGACAACCAGAUCGAGACCCUCGAGGGGCUGCCCCCGCUCCCUCGCCUGGAAGAACUCUCCCUCUGCAACAACCGCAUCCAGCGGCCCUCUGACCUCCGGCCUCUGGCCUCCUUCCCAAAGCUCGCCCAUCUCAACCUGCAAGGAAACCCUCUCUGCCAAACCCCCGGCAUCCAAUCGGAGCUCACGGCGCUGCUGCCAGAUGUGGCGACCAUCCUCACCUGAUUGGCUGCGCAGGACCUCGGUUCGAGCCCACCUCUCCCCCAGUGCACUGACCUCUUUUAAUUUAUUGGCAUGAGGAAAUAAAUAAAUCAGCGAGCGA